UUUUCAAGGUUUGUGCAUUCCAGUUUGUUUGAGACAUCCCCCCUCGUUUAAACAAAGAGAAGAAGGAAAACGAAAAGAAAGCCUUUAGAAAUCAAAAUAAUCUCUCAGACCUGUAGUGAAGUGGUGGGUGAGCUGAAGAGAUUUGUGAAAAUGGCCGUUUUUUGAAAUCUAGGGUUUCUUCAGGGGCCCUUUUCCUCAACAAAAGGGCCCUCGAUCACUCUAAAGAAGAAGAUGAAGCGAUUGCUAGGGGGACCGGGGACUAUCACAGGGUUGAUGUUGAGAUUAGCGCAAUGCGCAUUUGGUGCUGCUUCUAUUGGAGUUAUGGUCACUGCUUUUGGGUUCUCUAGCUACACUGCUUUUUGUUACUUAAUCGCAUCAAUGGGACUUCAAGUGCUCUGGAGCUUUGGUCUUGCAUGUCUUGACAUUUAUGCUGUGAGGAGAAAGAGAGACCUUCAAAAUGCAAUCCUUGUCAGCCUGUUUGUUGUGGGUGAUUGGGUAACGGCUACUUUAUCAUUGGCAGCUGCAUGCUCGUCGGCAGGAAUCAUUGUUCUUUAUUCUAAAGACCUGGAUUUCUGCAAGAUUCAAAAGAGUCUCCCUUGCAGAAGGUACCAAAUUUCUGUAGCCAUGGCUUUUAUCACCUGGGUUUUUACGGCAAUCUCAUCACACGUGAUGUUUUGGAUCUUAGCUUCUGUGUAGCUUUACCUAUUUCCCUUGCCAGAAAGAUGAUUUGCACGUUAUAUCAUCUUUGAUUUCUGUUGUAUAUUUUGUUGCACGAGUAGAUAGUUGACGCUGUAAAUUUUGCUGUAUCAGUUAGCUUGCUUCCACA